AUGGAAGUCACUAAUCCCAUUUGUGCUCAAUUUGAAAAUUCAUCUUCUCGUUGUCCUGCAAACAGGGCUUUUGGUCUCCGCCUAGGAUUGUACAUGUUACUCACUUGUUCCAUCUCUAUUUCAGUUUUUGGGAACCUCUGCAUGAUCAUCUCAAUCAGUCAUUUCCAACAGCUUCAUUCCCCAACUAAUUUCCUAAUUCUUUCCCUGGCGACCACUGACCUUUUUCUUGGCUUAUUUAUAAUGCCUUAUAGCAUGGUCAGGUCAAUAGAGAAAUGCUGGCUUUUUGGUAACUCCUUUUGCAAGAUACAUUAUGCUUUUGAUCUUACCCUGAGUACUAUAUCAAUUUAUCAUCUCUGUUUAAUUGCAAUUGACAGAUUCUAUGCUAUAUGUGACCCACUUCAUUACCCUACUAAAAUCACAAUCCCUGUUAUAAAAAGGCUUCUUAUAUUUUGCUGGUCAAUUCCAGUAAUAUUUUCACUUGGAGUGGUCAUAUCAAACUCCCACAUUUCUGGUGUAAAAGAAUAUGAGAUUUUAGUAACAUGCUUUAGUUUAUGUCCAAUAACAUUUAACAAGUUAUGGGCAAUAAUUAUUUUCUUCAUAUGCUUUUUUGUGCCUGGAUCUAUAAUGGUUGGUAUCUAUAUAAAGAUCUUUCUUGUAUGUCGUAGGCAUAUAAAAAUGCUUAAAAAUAUUACAGGUGACACAAAGCAAAUAUCCAGUCAAAUUUCCAAUAAAAAAGACCGUAAAGCUGCAAAGAAAUUGGGUAUUUUGAUGAGUGUGUUCCUCACUUGUUGGUUACCUAUUUUUACAACAUUAUUAAUAGAUCCUUUCUUAAACUUUUCUACACCAGAAAUAAUGUUUGAAAUUUUCAAUUGGUUUAGUUAUAUCAACUCAACAUUUAACCCAUUACUGUAUGGUUUUCUGUACCCCUGGUUUAGGAAGGCUGUAAAGUAUAUCCUGUUAGGUAACAUUUGUGACCCACACUCUUGCACAAACAGUUUAUUUACCGAUAACUAA